AUGGCCAAUAUCCUUAGAGACCAGAUCAACCUCAAGCAAACCUCGUCUCAUACCUAUACCAUCUCGACCCAUCCAGAGUGGGCCGCGGGUCUCGCUCUACAUGGCGGAUGUGUAGCCGCUGCAAUUCAUCAUGCGGCCUCAACCCAUCUCUCCACCACGUUAGCAGCUCAAAACCAACCGGAUAUACUGACCUUGCAUAUCGAAUUUCUUCGCGCCUGCGACGUGCGUGAAAAUGGUAGUGUUGUCACCGUCACCGACCUGAAGCUCGGCUUAGGCACAAGCACCAUUCAACUAGUAUUAUCGCAGAGUGGGAAGACCAAAGUCCUCGCACUGGCAACCUCAACCAACUUCGACAAACCGGUCGGUCCAAGCGCGCCCACGGCUUGGAGUUUCCAUCCACCGCCCAAGCCCGCGCCCGACUUCGCCAAAGUCUUGGCGCACCAACCCGACGAGAACUGGAUUCCGGCCCGGAUAUUAGGUGAUGUUUUACCUUUUACGCAUCGCAUCUUAUAUCUCAACCCGCGGGAAGGGUUUAAGUUCGAUGGCGUGUGCGAUGCGUGGAAUACGGCGAAUGGCGAGCCUAUGGAUGCUACGUUCCUCGCUUUCAUGACCGACAUAAUCCCAUCUAUGUCCGACACGCUGCUCCGCAACGGCGGCUUGUACGAUGCGCAUCGCCGCCAAGCGCAAGCGAUGCAAUGGGAUCAGGAGCACCCUGGUGUCCCCGUGAAGUUAGUUAACACGCUCAAGGAGGCGAUGGAAGGGACUUUUAAUAAUUUCACGGUUACCUUGGACAUCGAAUUUAAGCGACGACUUCCUAAAGAGGGUGUGCGAUGGGUUUUCGAGAGGACCGCGACGCGCAUGUUAGAGGAUGGGCGGAUGGAUGUAGAUGUUACCAUAUGCGAUGAGAUGAUGGCGAUUUUGUGCUUAUCACGCCAAGUCAUACUUGUACUUGAUGCUAAGAGGAGGUUUGGAGGUAAAAAGCCGCAGUCAACGCUUUGA